GAUCGCUGUAGUAUCUUCACUAGUAUUGCAACACAUUCGAAGGAGAUAUCAAGCUAAGUACAACACGCGUUGAACAUCAGAAGAUGCUUUGUAAUCGCCAACGCCUGCUACUUGAGCAAAAGACAAGUUACACAUUAAAAGCACCGACAAAGCGAUUGGCAAGUAAACGUGGGUGCUGCCAGCAGCAGACACGCACAAUUGCCAACUCAAGCAGCGAGGCUGCCAGCACCAGCGGUGGGAAUGGGGCCGCAGGGAGAUGCUAUCUGGUCGGCGCGGGCCCUGGCCCAGCUGACUAUCUAACGAUGCGGGCGGUCAAACUGAUCGGAGCAGCAGACGCUAUUGUGUACGAUGACCUGGGCUGCGAGGAUGCACUGAGCUAUGCGCGGCCCACCGCCGCGCUGGUGUAUGUGGGCAAGCGCGGCGGCAAGGCGGAGAGCCUGAAGCAGCCGCAAAUUGACCAGAUCAUUGUGGACCUAUGCAGCCAGGGCAAACAAGUGGUGCGGCUCAAAGGAGGCUGCCCGGCGGUGUUCUCACGAGUAGCAAGCGAGAUGUCGGCCCUGGACGCCGCCGCCAUCCCCUACGAGCUAGUGCCGGGUGUGUCCUCCGCUCUGGCCGCCCCGCUGUUCGCCGGCGUCCCGCUCACACACGUCAGCCUGAGCCCCUCGUUCACCGUGGUCAGCGGGCACGACGUGGCCGGCACCGACUGGGCGGCGUUCCGGGGGCUGCCCACGCUGGUGGUUCUGAUGGCGGGUCGUAACCUGGGGCAGAUAGCCCGGCGGCUUGUGCAGGACGCGGGGUGGGCGCCCGAUACACCUAUGGCAGUGGUGCGCUCGGCUGGGCUUCCCGAGCAGCGCACGUGGCUGACGAGCUUGGGCAGUGCUGAGGCGGACCUGGUGGAAGCUGGCCAGCUGUCGCCAUGCAUUGUGGUGGUGGGCAAGGUGGCUGCGACCGGCAACUACGCACGAACGUGACAGCGGUCGGUUAUAAGGAGGGACUGCCUAAGGCAGGCAGUGCUGUCCACGCAGUGGAAUUCUUCAUUGUGUGCGGGCGGGGGGGGGGGCGGCGGCGGCGGGGUUUGAUGGAUCCUGCCAGACGGGCAGCAACGUGGCAAGAAGUACUGGCACGGCUUAGCCAGAUGUCGUAAAAGGCAGCGCAAUGUAAGAAUGUUAGCAUGUAGGAGGUUGCUGCUGGCGACGGGCCAGUUGCCGACGGGGUUGCGGCGUCGCGCGCCGCCGCCCAGCACCUCGGCAUGCGGGGCUGUUCAGGGGGAGGCUACUGCACGGCAAGGACUGUAUGUGCAAGGGAAUGGAGAAGUAACGUGCACCGGCGACGGUUCCACCGCGUGUGUGGGUGUGCGUGUGUUUCCGUCCAUCUGAGCGUAGCGUUAUCGGAGCAAGGUCUUAUGCCUCAUAAGGUUC